UGUAUAUAGUAAAGGCCGGGCGCCGCACGCAGACACACACUCACCCGGACACAGGCGCACAGACAGACGUUCACACACAACCGGCAGCGGCGGAGACAGCGGCUGGGUGACAGCGGAGACGGAGGCUCCCACAGCUGUGCACCCCCUUCAGGCGGCGAGCGCUAAGGCCAGACCGAAGAGUUCCCGCACCCACGACCACCCCGCGGCUUCCUGGAGGCGGCGGCUGGGAUUGCGAGGCCACGUGGCAUCAGAGCUGAGUGAUGGAUGACCUGCAGUCCCAGAACCUCUCGAUGGACAUGACUGACUCCCCUCCCACCUUAGCCAAUAACAGACUGGAGAACGGCAUGGCCCAGCUGAUUACCACUGAGGCCUGGAAUAUCAACUCCACCGACCUGGUCAAGAAGGCCCUGGUGACGGUGCCAGCCCCAUCCAUUCUGAACCCCCCCGCAGAGUCCCAGAGUGGCAUGGCUCUGAAAGUGGCAGCCACCGUGCUGCAGCCUCUGUGUCUCGGGGAGAGUCCAGUGGUGAUGCCCAUUCACAUGCAAGUGGAGGGUAGCUCUGCGCCAGAGCUCAACCCCAAUGGUAAUGCCACCUACGUCAUGACCACGCAGGGCCCUGUGCAGCUGCCCGUGGUGCUGGAGCAGCAUGUCUUCCAGCACCUCAACUCCCCUCUGGUCCUGCCACAAGAGGCCCCAUGCUCCUCCAGUGCCAUCCACAAUAAUCUGUUCCAAGGGGCCGAGGACUCUGAGGCCCAGCCGCAGCUCCUGGACCUGAGGAUCCCCAGCCAACCACAGGAGCCCACCCUGCCAUUUGAAGCUGUGCUCCAGAAUUUGUUUCCCUCCCAGGGCUCUCUCGGCCCCCCACCCUGUCAGCCUCCUCCUAGCUAUGCUCCUGUGCCACCACAGCCCUUUAACUCCCCCUUGUCCCCACUGGUGCCACCAGCCACCCUCUUGGUGCCCUACCCAGUGAUUGUGCCCCUGCCAGUGCCAGUCCCCAUCCCCAUCCCCAUCCCAGUGCCUCAGAGUUCUGAAUCCAAGUUCAGUCCCAGCUUCCCCAAGCCACCAUCUUCCUUCAGCCUGCACUCUUUUAAAGGCACACAGACCCCUUUGGAAAAGGAUGAACUAAAGCCCAUAGACAUCCUCCAACCGAAGGAAUACUUCCAACUCAGUCGCCACACGGUCAUCAAGAUGGGGAGUGAGAAUGAGGCUCUGGAUCUCUCCAUGAAGUCGGUGCCCUGGCUCAAGGCUGGGGAGGUCAGUCCACCAAUUUUCCAGGAGGACGCAGCCCUGGACUUGUCACUGGCAGCCCACAGAAAGUUGGAGCCUCCCCCCGAGACACUGUAUGAGAGCAGUGGGUCAGGGGACAACCCAGGUCAGACCAUGAUAGAGAAAAUUUCCAGUGGCGUGGAAGUGCCCUUUACUCCUGCCACGCUCCGUGAGACUUCCACCACCAUGAUGGAUAGCCACGUGGGCAGCAGCAGUACUGCUGAGAUGGUCAGCCAGGCCAGCCAGCCCAGCAGCGAGGUCAAGGCUGAGCAUAACAGUGAGAUUGGGAGCGAGUCCCAGGCAGCUAAGGUCAUCGUUUCAGUUGAAGAUGCUGUGCCUACCAUCUUCUGUGGAAAGAUCAAAGGCCUCUCGGGGGUAUCCACCAAAAACUUCUCCUUCAAAAGAGAAGACUCUGUGCUUCAGGGCUAUGACAUCAACAGCCAAGGAGAAGACUCCCUGGGAAAUGCAGAGCCCCUUAGGAAACCCAUCAAAAACCGGAGCAUAAAGUUAAAGAAAAUGAACUCGCAGGAAAUACAUAUGCUCCCAAUCAAAAAACAACGGCUGGCCACCUUUUUUCCAAGAAAGUAAAUAAUGGCUUUUUAAAAUUUUUACAAUUAUAACAUGGGGAAAGGUGCAUUGGUUUUUUAAAAAGGCAUUUAAAACAAAUUAUCUUUGUUAAUUAUUUGGGGGAGUAGGUGGGAAUCGGAAAAGUGAAUCGGCUCUAGAGGCCCUGUAAGCUAGUAUCAUUUUCUUUUUUAAUUUUUGACUUUUCACAAAGGAGUAAAUAAGAGCAACCUAUUUUUCAAGCAGAUUGCACAUUUUUUGCAGCUUUAAUGGAAUAUUGGGUGAAUCAGAGGGGUAAAAAAGCUAUUUUCAUUGCCACAAAGUGCUUUGAUGAUGUAAUACCUAAUAAAAGGUAGGAUAAAUAUUUCACAAUAAAUGUUUGUUUGCACUAAUUAGUUGCAGUAUUCUGUCAUUUAUAAAAUGUGCAUUCUUAACUGGCACGACUGGGCCCAAACUCUUGCUUUGUGAAGAGUUGUAAGUUAUCUGUUUCUAGAGACCUAGGCUCUUCAGGUAUAGUGGGGAAUAUUGCCCUAUGCCCCCAUCAAAGGUGGACUUUAUGUAUAACCUUGAUCAAGUUGCUUCCCCUUCUAGGCUUUGGGAGGAUUAUAAAAAUGUGGCAAAAAGGACCAGGAAGGUGAGUUUCAAGUACUCAAGGCCCCUUCCAGUUCACACAGUUCUUGAACAUGUCU